AUGGUCGCUCCCAACUCCACCAGAUUGGCAUCGCUAGGCAGAGGCGUCUCGAUUUCUUUCCACGAUGUUCUUGCUGUCCUAGAUCCGAGCUCAAGCAGUGUCCGACUCGACGAAACGGACUCUGAAAGUCAUGCUCUGUUUCUCUAUGAAUAUGAACGAUUCCACAUAUGGACGGUCGACCUGGGGCUUCUGGUUCCGGCGCACGGUUCCCUCGACUACCGGCUUCGCGAGGCGGACCGCCUGGCACACACAUUUGAAGUGUUUUUGGCCGAUUUGAACCAGUAUCUGCAGGAAACACUUCAAUUGAAGCGCUCACAGACAUACCAGGACGAUGGAAAGAUCCGGCUCUCUACUCAGCCUUCUACACCUUCACAGCAAGCCCAGUUUGACGAGUCGGUGCUUGAGGACAGCAGCGAUGAAGAAGAUCUUCAACCGCAACAGCACCUACGGCUGCUCCUAGAUAGUGUCAGGGAAGUUAUUGACGGCCUAUUCCGAUUGUCCACAAGGAUCAGGAACCCAGCAACAAGACUGGCCUCUUCCAAAGCAAAGCUGUUUCAGCAGAUCGACGUCGACUCUGGAGUUGAUCUCAUCAAGGCUUUCGGCCAUUAUGAUCAUGACUAUGUCCUUUCGCUGUUUGCCUGGUUUCAAUCCAAAGCGCCCGAGGAAGCACGCACAGGCGACCUUGCUGCUCUUUGGCCGACAGACAGCCAGGCUGAUCUGUGGCACCGAGACGAAGAUUGCUCGCUGUGUGAGGCAAGGCAGCAUGUAGCCGAGCAAGCCGCCUAUGCUGGAAGCGAAGAUCAGGAAGAGGAGGAGCCGACAUGCUCGGCGGGAGGGAUUCUGACAUCUUUUCUUAUACAUCGCAUUGCACGCGCCAAUAAUCAGCGGCGACAACAGUUUGGAUACUGGAAACAUCAUCGAAGCAACCUCGUCAAACAUACCCAGGCCACUCUUGAGCGAACAUUUCCGCUUGUUCCUGCAAAUGAAGAGCCUGCAAAUUUGAAUCCGGGGCAUCAAGGGGCGACUCCUGCAGUUGGAAGGCAGGCCUUGAAACUCGCCGACUUGCUGGCUCCUCCCACAGUGACUACGGCCACCAGGCUCCAGCCGGCAGUGAUAGAAAACAUGGACGCCAUGUCGGUGACAUCUGUAUCCGAAUAUGCUCCUUCGAGCUGGGCACCCGAUCGUGAGCGAAUUCAAUUUCCACCACCGCCAAAGAUAUCCCCAGCUGAAAAGUUUUUCGAAUGUCCCUAUUGCUUCACCAUCUGUCCCAGGCAGAUGCUUUCAGAGAAGGCAUGGAAGGCACAUCUGAUUCAUGAUCUACGUCCAUAUAUCUGCACAUAUCCGGAUUGCAAGUCCGCAGGCCAGCUAUACGACACCCGCAGCGACUGGAUCGAGCAUGAAAAUACCUUUCACAGAAAGCAGUGGCGCUGUCCCACUCACUCGGACGAACUGUACCCUACACUGAAGGCAUUUAGGGAGCAUAUGGAAAUGCUUCACCCAGCUGAGAUCGACCUAAUGAGCUCACAGACCUAUCUUCGCUCCUGUGAAUCAUUCUCUGCCAGUGCAGAUCGGCCAUGUCCCAUUUGUUUGUUUUCGGCUGCCGAUGCAAGAUCCUUGCACUCACAUAUUGCGCUUCACCUCGAGCGCCUUUCCCUCUUCUCUCUACCCAGGGGAGCAGGUGACGAUGAAAAGGAUGAUGUCGGCUCCGAUGUCGCCGUUGACGCGGUACAGCACUCACGGGGUGAUGAAUCUGAGCUUUCUGUGGACAUUGGCGACGAGUGGGAUAAUCUCGAAGAGGCUGUACGGAUGGGUGAUGUUGAAAGGAUCGAGUACAUCCUCCGAGAUCAGGCGACAGAGACAGAUUCUCAUUCAACAAAGCUCGAUAACGCUUUGAUCGAGGCUGCCAAAACCGGUGAUAUCGACGUCGUGGAGACUCUUCUAAAGCAUGGAGCAACAGUAAGAGCACCAAGAGACGUUUACGACGAUACUGCAUUGAUGGCAGCUGCGUCUCAAAACCACUCGGAUGUCGUGAGUUUACUGCUACAACAUGGUGCGGAUGUUGAUGCUUGCUGUGGUGCACGCACCGCUCUCAGCGUAGCAUCGGAAUGCGGACAACUUGAAGCGGCACGCACGCUCAUAGAGCAUGGCGCGGACGUAAACUUCCAAAUCGAGGGACUCCCUAUCGCAUUGGAGGCGGCAGCAGCCCAGAACGAAGUCGAUGUAGCCAAGGUACUUAUUGAAAAUGGAGCCGACCUUAAUCUUUCAGGACAAGCCUCCUUGGAUAGGGCAUCAGCCAGCGGCCAUCUCGAAAUGGUUAACUUCCUGCUCACUGCCGGGAUCCCUACAGUGGGGAACGAGGAGCAUAGACCGCUGCACAGUGCUGCGGACUGCGGGCACGAUAAAGUGGUAGCGAGGCUAUUGGAGGCUGGGGCAGACGUCAAUGCUAGGGCCAUCGAUGGACGCACUGCACUUCAUGACGCUGUCACUUCUGGUAAUAGCAGAUGUGUGCAACUGCUUCUGGAAGCAGGAGCGGACCCAAACGCCACAAACGGGCUAGAGUCGCCCUUGCACUUGGCUUCGCGAUAUGGACACGAAGAAGCUGUCAAGUUGCUUAUCGCCGCUGGAGCAGACCUUGAGAUAACAAAUCGCGUCAGUGGCACAGCACUUCAAACAGCAGCAAAAGCUGGUCACAGCCAUAUCGUUGAUACUCUUCAGACUGCGGGUGCACGAACACAGCCCGAGGAAUAUAGCAUGUCGGGCUUGAUGGGAGAACAUCUCUCUGCUGCUUCGCAUGCCUCAAAGCCACAACCAGCUGACGUGCCCCGUCCAUGGGACGUCCGUUCCGAUUUCCACGAUGCUGAUGAUCUUAAUUUGACUCUACUGCAUGACAUUUCCCAAGAUUCCAUGGUGGCUUGUGUAAAUUUCUCAGAGAAUGGGAAGUAUAUCAUCAUCGGUUGUCGUCAGAGAGCUAAAAUCUUCGAGGUCGAUGACAUUUCGGAUGUAAUUGAGCUGAGGCACGAUGUGCAAGCUGAUGCCGACGUUUAUGUCCGCUCAGCCUGCUUUUCGCCAGACAAUCGAAUGGUCGCCACCGCAGCAGAUGACAGCUCGGUCCUGCUGUGGGACUUCGACACAAGGAAACUCAAUUCGGCUUUAAUGGAGGGUGACGGGAUCGGUACGUAUCACGUCGCAUUUUCCCCCGACGGUAAGAAGGUGGCGAUGGCGUGUGGCGAUGGUACAGUGCAGUUGUACAGCAUCGAAGACCUAAACCGACAAUGGUGGAAAUUUGAUGCUGGUGUCGCUGCGUUGGCAUUUUCCCCUGAUGCUCUUCUGCUGGCGGUGGGCACAUUGGACAACCAUUUAUUUCUGACCGAACCUGGUGAUGCCGGGCAGCAACCUUGCAGACUAGAAAAGGACGAGCAUCAAGACUCGGUUAUCAGCGUGGCAUUUUCAUCGAAUAGCAGGAAGGUAUUUACAGGCAGCCUGGAUUGCACAGUGAAGAGCUGGGAAAUCGUCGAGGUCGCCCCUGCAGAAAUCAAAUAUCAGACCUUGACAAUGCCUGGGCACGAGGACUAUGUCCUCUCUGUCGCCGAACUAGCAACCACCGAUUUGGUCGUAUCUGGAUCACGGGACAGAACAAUCCGCAUCUGGGACAGCGAGACCGGGGACCAGCGAGUGCUCUUGAAAGGACAUAAAAACUCGGUCGUCUCUGUUGCAACUUGCCCAACAAGAAAACUGAUAGCGAGUGGAUCAGCAGACAUGACAUUCACGAUCUGGCGGUAUGACUGA